AACAGGGGCUCUGUAGUACCUAAUGUUCUGGUGACCCUGUUUAUCAACAGGGGCUCUGUAGUACCUAAUGUUCUGGUGACCCUGUUUAUCAACAGGGGCUCUGUAGAACCUAAUGUUCUUGUUUUCAGCCUGAGAACAUCAUGCUGUUGGAUAAGAACGUCGAUCUACCACGCAUCAAGCUCAUAGACUUUGGUCUGGCUCAUAAGAUGGACCAGGUCGGGACGGACUUUAAAAAGAUCUUUGGAACACCUGAAUUUGUGGCUCCAGAAGUCGUCAACUAUGAGCCUCUGGGUUUAGAAGCAGACAUGUGGAGCAUCGGAGUCAUCACCUACAUACUGCUGAGCGGAGCAUCGCCGUUCCUUGGUGACUCAAAGCAGGAGACGCUAGGGAACAUCUCAGCCAUAGCCUACGAGUUUGAUGACGAGUUGUUCAGCAGGACCAGUGAGCUGGCCAAAAGCUUUAUACGACAACUACUGGAGAAAGACACCAGAAAACGGUUGACAAUCCAUGGUGCUCUGAAACAUCCCUGGAUACAGCCGUUGGACUCCAGACAGGCCCUGGUCAAGAGACAGUCUGUAGUCAACCUGGAGAACUUCAGGAGACAAUACGCCCGACGCAGAUGGAAGCUUUCCUUCAGAAUAGUGUCUCUCUGUAACCAUUUAACUCGUAUGAUGAAGAAAGGUCAUCCCAAGCUGGCAGCCCAGGACGAGAGGGACUGUGAGAGCGACCAGGAGACGGACAUGAUCAUGAAGAAAAGACCCAGAACCCGGAAGAGAAGCAACACUUCCUGAAACCUGCCUGUCUUUUCUGAUUUGUUGAAUGUGUGUCUGUAGCACACAUGAUUGGUCCGAAAGCAGCUCACAGAGACUACUUCAAAAACUGCUGUCCAUACAAUGUCUUUUAUAUGUUGCACAGCAUUCUGGGGCAAUAGAUGAAAUGCGUUGAUAGUGUUUCCUAUGGAGUAAUUUCAGUGCCAACAGAAAUGUUAUUUGAAUCCCUGCCUUCUGUAAAGCUAUCUAGAUUGUAGGAAUGUACAUGUACAAUUGACAGGUUAGGAUAGGGUACAGGUUAGGAUAGGACAGGGUACAGGUUAGGAUAGGGUACAGGUUACGGUUACAGGUUAGGAUAGGGUACAGGUUAUGGUUACAGGUUGGGAUAGGGUACAGGUUAGGAUAGGAUACAGGUUAUGGUUACAGGUUGGGAUAGGGUACAGGUUAGGGUUACAGUGGACAGGUUAGGGUAUAUGUUGGGGUUAGGGUACAGGUUAGAUUUAGGGUACAGGUUAGGGUUACAGGUUAGAUUUAGGGUACAGGUUAGGGUUACAGGUUCGAUUUAGGGUACAGGUUAGAUUUAGGGUACAGGUUAGGGUUACAGGUUCGAUUUAGGGUACAGGUUAGAUUUAGGGUACAGGUUAGGAUUACAGGUUAGGAUAGGUUAGGGUACAGGUUAGAUUUAGGGUACAGGUUAGAUUUAGGGUACAGGUUAGAUUUAGGGUACAGGUUAGGAUAGGUUAGGGUACAGGUUAGAUUUAGGGUACAGGUUAGGAUAGGUUAGGGUACAGGUUAGAUUUAGGGUACAGGUUAGAUUUAGGGUACAGGUUAGGCGUACAGGUUAGAUUUAGGGUACAGGUUAGGCGUACAGGUUAGAUUCAGGGUACAGGUUAGGUUAGGGUUAGAGUGUAGGAUAGGGUACAGGUUAGGGUUACUGGGUACAGGUUAGAUUUAGGGUACAGGUUAGGGUUACAGUGGAAAGGAAAGAGGACAGCUCACAUAUAAUUUAAUGUUGUUAUCCAAUUGUCUUAAAUAACUAACUUCCUCAUUCUGCUAUUGUCCUCAUGAGUGACUAACUUCCUCAUUCUGCUGUUGUCCUCAUAAAUGACUAACUUCCUCAUUCUGCUGUUGUCCUCAUUCGUGACUAACUUCCUCAUUCUGCUGUUGUCCUCAUAAGUGACUAACUUCCUCCUUCUGCUGUUGUCCUCAUUCUGCUGUUGUCCUCAUAAGUGACUAACUUCCUCAUUCCCAUGUACUGUACAUGUAAAAAACAGAGUUAGUAAAGAUUUGUAUUAUCUCUCUUGAAAACUGGCCUUAUGACUGAAAUGUUCAAGUUUUGAUAUAUUUGAAUAUAUUCAUGAAAUGGGGAUUUUGUGUCUUAAGUGGGUCGUACAUGCUGACCACACCGCUUGCGUUGCGAAAUAAAUGUGCACAUACAUGUUAAUCAAUAAUUUAAUCCAAACUUCUCGCGCACGUCAACGAGCGUCUGCGUAGCCAGGCGCUAAAAUAGAACUUGGUUCUAUUUGUGACGCCUCUCCCAUCUCAUUGGUUUUUAGGAGCAUCUACCCACGUGGGUGAUUGAAAGAUGAACUGAGGGCCACACUCCAGUCCAGUAGGUGGUGGUAAUGCACCUUCAAGCUUGGUUGCCAACCGCCAUAUAAAGUCCAAAGAAGAAGACUGAAGGAGGAGAGAUGACUAGAAACUAACUUCCCCUUUUAUCUGUGGAUUAAUUGUCAGGGUAGAGAACAUACAAAGAUCCAGGAAAAAAUGUACCUUGUGUAUUUCAAGUAAAAUAACAACCCAAUGUUUAAUUUUAUCCCAGGACAAAUGAUUCAUGUGUUUCGACCUGUCCCCAAAUGAAUAGACUUCGUUCAGAGUUUGUUUUGAUAUUUCCACCUGAUUGGGUCUGGUGUGGUUGGACAACAUCAACAUGCAAGCGCCUAACCGGUGUAGUCAGCAUGUUCGUUCUUGUGAUUCAAUGCUGGAGGCUUCGCUGUUCAACAAAAAGGAUGUAUCUGUUUAAAAAAAAAUAAACAACUUUGUUAAAACUUGAA